ACUCGCGAUUCCACGAAAUGUUCGCGCGAGCUCGUUUGAUCAACUAUACUAGACCUUAUCUAUAUUAUGGGCUCGUUUUCACUCCAUCAAGAAAUCUAAAACAGUACAAAACUACGAUAGACACAAAAUCAUGAGGACAAACAUUAAGAGGAGGAGAAACAUUAGGAGGAGGAGGAAGAUUAAGCUGAAUGAGACAAUUAAAGAGAGUAUGCAAAGAUUGUGGAAGGAGAUGGCAGAGAUUGGAGAAGAACAAGAGCGCAUAAGGGAGGGGCAAGCGGAAGUGAAAAAGCGGUUCGAAGAAAAAACUAAGCAGGGGCAAGGGGAAGUGAAAAAGCAGCUCAAAGAAGAAACUAAGCACAUGUUUGAUCGAAGUACAGGCAUCAAACCUCGACAUCAUCGUAUCAUAUCGCACAUCAUGCAACCGCAGCAACGUCACAGUUUUGUUAAAGCAUAAAAAAGCUUACUCACUUCCUCUGUAUCAAUUAAAGCUUCAUGGUAUCAAUUGAAGUUGUGUGAAGGGCAUUGUCUUUUCAUGUCUCAAUUCAUCACCUAAAUAAAAUGAUGCAAGAGAAUAAUAGAAUCACGA